CGUCUCCACCUCCUUUUAGGUGAGGCAACCUCAUCAAGUUCACCUGCAGCACUAGCGAGGAAGUGCCGUGCCGCAGGCUGAUCCGAUGGGCGGCUCGUUGGAGGAUCUGGUGACGAGGUUCCGGGACUUGGAGGUGAGCCAGGCGAGGCUAAGGGAGCAACUGCAGUUGAUCCUGGGGAAAGGGAGAAAGCAGCAAGCUCAUGACCUUGGCCCUGGGACGAGUCGGAGAGGACGUGGAGGUGGCGAGGUUGGCAGCACCAUUCCCGGCCGCUUCGCCCACGGCCCCUACCGCAGCGUGCUCAAACACAUCGGCCACGCCCUUCACAUCUACCGCCCGGACACUGGCGAGAUCAUCUUCUGGAAUCAAUCAGCAGAAAACCUAUAUGGAUGGAAGGACCAUGAAGCACUCGGGAAAAGGGUUGGGGAUCUGCUGAUUCAAGAAGGAAGCAAUCCGCACCUUGGAAAGGUCAUGGAACAAUUGAACAGAGGUCAACCGUGGUCAGGUCAACUCGCACUUAAGAAGAAGUCAGGGGAGAUGCUUACGGCGAUGGUGACCAAGACUCCAUUGUACGAAGACGGCUCCUUUGUAGGUGUCAUUGCAGUCUCAAGUGAUGCUGCGGUGCUCAAUGCCAAGUACUCGGAGACGAUGGAAGGCAGCGGAGAUCAAGUGCGGGACAAGCCGAGAGUGUUAAAGAGAGUUCAUUGGUGCCAACGCCCACAGCUCGCAUCAUCUGUCUCAAACCUCGCUUUGAGGGUGUUCUCUCGAAGCCAUUCAUGCAGUGACAGUGAGCACGAAGCUUCCCGAGAAGGAAAUGCGAAGCCAAAGAAGAAGCACCAGCACUGGAGACGGUCUUCAUGAUGCAAGCUGGGAAGAGAGGCAUGGAGGAAAAAUCCUAAAUAUACAAAUUGGUGAUUCGUUCUGACCUAUACAGAUAAAAAUGACAGGCUGCCUAGGCCUUUUCUGAGCACCAUCAACUCCAGAGGAUAAUGUGGCAGGCAAAUCAGCGAAGACUUGUUUUCCUCCUGUAAUUUGUAUGUAGCUUCUUCAGAACAAUGAAGUGAACCAUGAGAUUGCAGUAUCUUGUAUCUGCUAAUCCCACUUAUGUACUCGAAUAAGGAAAUAUAAGAACAUGGAGCAUAUGAUUAUUUUCUCCCCUA